UCUCCUCCUGUUCUGUCAGCCCAUACUUCUUCACAGCAGAUCUGCAGAAGGUCGAUGAGGAAUCCCCUAUGUAUUGUACAAGGUCGCCGUUGAGACGUCGUGGCCCGUGGGCUGUUCUAAACUAAACCGCGUUCAUGCUCCCAUUGGUCACACGUGUGCGCGGCCAGCACUUCCGCUUCCUGUGGGGGCGUGGCUCGACCUACGAUUGGCUUGCACUUUAUUGGUCCCGCCCUUUGCCUGCAGCUGAUUGGUCUUUCACUAGAGCGUUCCUCGUCUCCACGGCAACAGCUGCCACUACCGGUUCCGUCAUGGACGGGAAAAGGCCUCAGUUCGGUAACCGGCACCUGAAGGAUCCGAGUCAGGUUUUCCAACAUAAUGCCUGGGACAAUGUGCAGUGGUCUGAGGAGCAAGAAACUGCCGCUCAAAAGAAAGUGCUAGAAAACAGUUCCCAGCCGCUUCCACCUGAGCAGCAAGAGGAAUAUGAGAAUAAAGCCAGCAACUACUGGGACGACUUCUACACCAUACAUGACAACAGAUUCUUCAAGGACAGGCAGUGGCUUUUUACAGAGUUCCCUGAGCUGUCUCCCAGCCACAAGAGUCGGUCAGAUAUAGAUGGAGAACAGAAACAGGACCUCAAGCUGGACACGGCUGGUGAGAGUAAGGACUAUCCAGGAUCUUCAGCCAAUUACCGCAUAUUAGAGGUGGGCUGCGGUGUCGGAAACACAGUCUUUCCAAUUCUGCAGACUAAUAAUGACUCCGGUCUGUUUGUAUACUGCUGUGAUUUUUCUUCCACUGCAGUGGAGAUUGUAAAGAGCAACCCUAAUUAUGACCCGUCACGAUGCUUUGCCUUUGUACAUGACCUGUCAGACGAGAGCUCCACUUAUCCCAUUCCUGAGGAGAGCUUGGAUGUCAUUGUCCUGAUCUUCGUCCUUUCCGCCAUCCUUCCAAGCAAGAUGCAGGAGGCCAUUACACGUCUCAGCAAGCUGUUGAAGCCUGGUGGUUGCAUCCUGUUGCGGGACUAUGGCCGGUAUGACAUGGCCCAACUGCGCUUUAAAAAAGGGCGCUGUCUUUCUGAGAACUUUUAUGUCAGAGGAGAUGGAACGAGAGUCUACUUCUUUACACAAGAUGAACUUGAAAAUUUGUUUACAACAGCCAACUUGGAAAAAGUGCAAAAUACAGUGGAUCGCAGGCUUCAAGUAAACCGCGGCAAACAGCUGACAAUGUAUCGCGUGUGGAUUCAGUGUAAAUACCGCAAGCCCUGUAAGUCUGAAAGCCAACACCAAGAUAACACACAGUGAUGCACUGCCAUAGGUGGAACAUAUUUCAGUUCCACUUAAGGGUUAGUACCCCAAAUGCACAACAUCAAGACGCUCUUCACUGGCCUUCAGUUCAUGAUAUACUCCACAAGAUUAAGCCAUAGCUGCCAUAAGAACCAUCCACAGACAAAAAAAACUGAACUGUUUGGAGAAAAGGCCAUUGUAGGACAUUUGUGGAACAACUGGAUGUUUCCAAACCAUAACACUUGAUGUGCUUGCUCAUUUACUGCUGGUGUUUCCUUCCUGGAGGCCGUUUCUGUUCAUCUAGAACCAGUUCUUAAUUUUUAUUUAUUCAAAUAAAGCAUUUUACAUAUUAUUUUUA